GUGGAACAAGGCAUUUUGACCUCAGUUGUGCCGACGCCGAAAACUCUAAGCUACCAACGGUACACGGCCGCACUCCAGAAUGACUUACGAUGUUCGCAAGAGGUAGCCCUCGGACGGCGUAUCGGGCUGUACCGGUUUUGCGGCGAUAUCGGCCGGGGCAACUUCUCGCGUGUCAAACUCGCUGUUCAUCAAUUAACCAAAGAUAAGGUCGCUAUCAAGGUGGUGGACACCAGCCGUCUCGAUGCCAAGGCGUUGCGCAUGCUUUCGCGCGAAGUAAGCACGCUCGAGUGCGUGUAUCAUCCUUUUAUUCUAAGACUGUUCGAAGUGAUAGAAACCCUGGGAAAGAUCCAUCUCAUCAGCGAGUGGAUACAGGGCGGUGAGCUGUACAAUCGCAUCACGGAGGUCGGCCCACUGAAGGAACCCCACGCGGCCCUUCUUUUCCAACAGUUACUGCUGGCUGUGAAACACUUGCAUAGUCUAGGGUUUGUCCACCGUGACAUCAAGGCCGAGAAUGUGUUGCUCGUGAGCGAGGAGCGCAUCAAGCUGGCCGAUUUUGGCUUCAGCACGCAGCUCGUCAACGGUCCGUGGCAGCAUUUGGACACGUUCUGCGGGUCGCCACCGUACGCGGCACCGGAACUGUUCAGCGACGAUCACUACAUCGGCGGGCCGGUGGAUGUCUGGGCGCUCGGCAUUCUGCUCUACUUCAUGCUCGAGGGAGGCAUGCCUUUCAAGGCCCCGACCGUGCCACUGCUGCGGACGGCCGUUCUGAAGGGCGAAUUCGUCAUCUCCACGAGCCUCAGUCUGCCGUGCUGUCGCGUCAUACAGCGCAUUCUCGUACACACACCUUCCCGGCGGCCCACGAUUGAGCAGCUCCUGGAGUGCCAAUGGUUCAAGUACGCAGCGGAUCAGGCCGCGCACACGAACCGGAACAACGGCCGCCAACAGAGCCCCUGUCCGAAGACCGGUACAGCCAACAACCAAACCCGCAACGGCCACGUUCCUAGGCGGCGGAAGAAACUGUUUUGGUUUCUUCCGCUGCCGGUGCGCGAUCGUCUUUCCUCGCCCGAAUCGGGCACCAGUCGUGAUAAUCUUAGUGCUGCCAACCACCACCACCACCCAAAUCAUCAUAACCACAGUAACAAUCAGCGUAACGUACCGCGACAUUCCCAGCGCCAUCAGCGGCCCCUGACGGUGUCGUCCGCGACGAAGUCGUCCUCUUCGCGCGACGAACCGCCCGGUGGUGCCGCCGAGGUGCCACCCCAACCUCGCACGCUCGCUUGCAACACCAAACGGGCCGCCAGCGUGCUGGAGGAAGGCUUUCUGCACCCGCUCAAACUGGAACCGGCCACCACCGGCGAUGGUACGGCCGCCAUCGGCGUGGCCGACCAUAUCAAGGAUGUAACGAACGAUGUGUCAAAUAACAAUAUAAGUAGUAGCUAUAACUCAAACAGUACCAACCAUUACAACGGCGCUGACCAGCCAGCCAAUGGCCACGGCAAGGAAGUGGUGGAGCAGCGCCCUAAACCGCGGCGCUUUUCGUUCGGUCGAACGCUAAAAAAACGGAUCGGACCGAUGGAGCUCGUUUCGACGGAAAGCCUAGCCGGCGGUCCCGAGACGGCAGCCGGGGUCGGUGGCGGCGGCCGUACCCGUGCGCUGGAUCUGCGUGAAAAGCUACACCGCACGAUCGACGAGGAACACGGCAAGUUUGUGAUGUACCCAACGACGGCGGUUUCAUCCGAGGGCGAUCGCCAUCUGCACGCGCUGGAAGCGGAAACGCGCCGGCUGAUGAACCUGCUCGGCAUCAACGGUGACAUGAUGGCGCGAGCGGUCGCGAAUGGACCACGGAGCGACAUUAUCGGCGUGUACCGGAUCAUCAUGCACCGGUUGCAGCGUGAGCAAGCGCACUCCCGGCUGGCGGCGGCAGCGGCCGCCAACGGGAGUGCGUUCGAGUUUUUGGAACUGAAACCGAUCAACGUCCGUGCGGGAUCCGGAGCCAGUUCCGGUGGAGGACGCUCGAAAGAUGGUGGCGGUGGCGGUACCUCUGCCAACAACAGUCCACCACAUAUCGGUCAGAACCGUGGUCGAACCAUGUGUGCCAUUCUGUGAGCACCGCAGAGCGAGCCAACCAGAGCCAAUUAUGUGAUAAUCCUCUCGGAUUGGGGUUGGAUCGCAUUCUGAUCGGAUCUGUUCCAACGCGAACCCUUUUAGCAGCCUAGUCGUUACCGAAACGUUCCAUUUUUGCGGAGAAGAAAAUAAAAGUAAUCAGACCACCAGGCGGGGAGCAGAGCAUACUCAAGUACCACUCUCUAGCGUCACCGGAUGCGCUAGUAGACCACAAAUUACUGAAUACUUUUUAGCACGCAGAAAGACAGACGUUGUUGUUAGUUAUUAGGUUCCCCGCGUCUCUCUC